GCCUCAUCUCCCCCUGCAUUCACCACGAUUACCAUCCCAAUUCCCUCCCUCUUAUCCACAGCGCUCCUCGUGCUCCUCACCGCCCUCACGUACAUCUUCAAACCCAAUCUCCGAAAAACCAUGUCUACAGAUGCUAACAUCGCUCAAUUCUGUGCUGUUACCGGUGCGAGCCAUCGGGAUGCCAAACGGUUUUUGGACAAAUACAAGAAACUUGACGUAGCCAUCGAUGCGUUUUUUGAUAAUCCCACACCACCACCGCCGACGUCGAAAGCUAAUAGUAGCACCCAACCGUCGACGAGCAAGUUGCAUGUGUUGUUUGAUAGGUAUAAAGACCCGGAUGAACAAGAUAUUACGGCGGAAGGCACGAUCAAGUUCUGUGCGGAUUUGGAUGUUAACCCAGAAGAUGUCGUUUUAUUGGCUGUUGCGUAUGAGCUCAAGUCUACCAGAUUGGCGGAGUGGAAUAAGAAGGGGUGGACAGAGGGAUGGAAGGGUUUAGGAUGCGACUCGAUACCAGCCAUGAAAGCCGUUUUACCUAGACUGCGCGAUAAAUUAGGCUCUGACCGCGCCUACUUCCGGAAAGUCUACCUCCACGCGUUUGAUUUUGCUAGAGCAGAGGGACAGAGAAGUCUUCCCAUCGACUCCGCCCAAGCAUUUUGGGCACUCCUCCUCCCACACGGCUUAUCAGGCGGCGCGUUGUCCCAUACACACUCCCCACUUUCCAUAACCUCUUCAUCCGGCUCUGGCUCCAGCUCCAUCUCUAAUUUCGGCUCACCGAGUAGAGAUAGAGACGGGGAUGUCUCGAUGGCUUCUGGAUCUCCGGGAGAGGGGUGGCAAGAGGAACAUACGACUUGGUGGUUCGAGUUCUUAUCGGAGAAGAAGGUGAAGGGGGUUAGUAAGGAUACUUGGUCGAUGUUCAUGGACUUUAUAACCUCCGUCGACUCCAAGUUCGAAACCUACAAUACCGAAGAAGCUUGGCCGACUCUCAUAGAUGAUUUUGUAGAGUGGGUGAGGAAGAGGAUUCAUGUCCCGAAACCGGAAGGAAAGAAUUCAUUCAGUUAGAUGGACAGCUGAGAGGGGUCGACUAACACACGAGCUUCUUUGGGUACACAAAUAAAAAUGUAUGUAUUUCGCUAUCGAAUGUUUAACGUUCAAACAUUGUGG